AUGCUAAAACCCUUCUGCCACUCCACCAUACCGGUGCUCCUAGCCGCCAUCGCUACCCUCUACAGUAUUGCUCUGCUUACUGUGGACAACUCGGAUUUGCCUAAUCUCUGCUGGGUUACCAUAGGAUGCGCGGUGUUUUAUAAGAGUUUGGAGAUUUUGAAGAAUCGGAUGACAUGCCAAAACAAUAUGAUGCUAGUUGGGUUCAGUGGAAUCCUAAUUAGCACGUUAAUUGCAAGGAUUGCAGUUUUUUGGAGUGUAAAUUAUAAAUUGAUCGCCUUCUACACUAGCACUGCAUCAAUCAUCUCCUUCUACACCAUAUUCAUUUUUCAAUACCACAAAACCAUGCAACCCUUGAAGCUGUCCAACCAGAAAACAUUCGCAAAAAUAGUGAUCGGAAACAUUUUGCUCUUUGUGAUUUCCUGCCUGCUAACACAUAAUUAUGCCAUUAUAUUUAAUUGCGGAUUCGGCUUAAUUGGUGCUGCUAGCAUGAUAGACUUAGUGGCCGUCUGGGUAGAUGGCUGUGCUCUGAGAGCAAGACACGCUGAAACCGCUAAAAAAGAAUUUGAUCUACAAAAAAUGGAUGUUCACUCCUGGAACGAUGUUACCAUGUACUGUUUUGCAGUUUUACUUGGUUUCUUAUCGAUUUUUGGAUUGUUGGGACUAGUUUUUAGUGAAAACUUUGCUCUUUCCACUGCAUAUCAUAUUGCUGGAAGCUCCGCCGUCGUUACAGUAACCCUCGUCGCCAUGAAGUAUACAUUGGACUUUUUCAAUCGAUAUUUUGAAGUAGAUCAAGUGAAAAAGUGGCGGAAUAAUAUGGUGGUUGGGCUCGCCGGAAUUGUGAUAUGUGGAGUGGCGGCGAGGAUUGUGGUGUAUAGCUAUGGGAUUGGAGAGAAGAUUCUCCCCUUCCUUCUCUCUAUCCCCAUCUACUCUUCCAUUCUUUUCUACUACCUCUUUGUCUACGGAUACCGUCAACACUGUUUCAUCAACCACCAAAACCAAAAUUUCCCCAAAAUUUGGAUUCCAAUGGUCAAUCUCACAUUUUCAGUAAUUUUGGCUAGAACGGGAAUUCAGACUGAUCUCGAAUCUAUGAUCUAUAUUCAAGUUCUAUUUUUUGUGCUAUCCGUUUUUAGUGGCGUUGAUUUAGUUAUUAUUUUGAAUGGGGGAUUGAGAUCGAUUCAUGAGGAAAUGGAAGUGAAGGAUUCAGAAAAUGAGGAGAAGUCAACGGAGGAAUUGAAGCCAAAAAAGAGGAUUUAUCCGAGAAUCCCCUGUACAUCCUGUGACUCCGAGUACUCCGACUCCAAACCUCCCAGAAUCCUACCGGAAUGCGGACACUCGAUUUGUGGAAAUUGUGCUAAAAGAAAACUGAGUAAGAAGAAUAAAUUGACUUGUCCAGCCUGCCAGACGGUUCAUUUUGUGAAAAAAGGAGUCAAAGGUCUGUUCAAAAACUUUACACUGUUGGAUAUGAUUGAGGAGGCGAGAAAGAUCAUGGAUAAAGAAUAA